AUGAGCAGCUGCAACGGUGCAAAGUGUGAUUUAAUUACGCUACCAAUGCCAUUCCCUCCAAUCUAUGACUUUCCGCCGCUAUAUACUCGGCAGCCUAAUUCGCUUAUACGUAAACAGCAGUUAGAGACGUGGGUGAAUAUAUUGAUUCAGCAUGCUAGAGAGAAUAAAGGUUGGUUGAUCUCACAUGAUGGAAAACUUUUGGAGCCGAAGCAGGACCAUAGUUUGUUUGUAAAUGAAAACAUUCAGAGACAGGUUCCAGAUCCCUUCAUCGAUGAAAUCUGGGUGUAUGCCCUUCAAAAGGGAACUGUCCUAAAACACACUAAUGAUAGCUUUUACAUCUUGUGGAAGUCCUUAGAUUCCUGGAGUUCUCUUUUAUUACAGUGGUUCGAAACCACUGGAAAACUAAAUCAAGUGGUAACGAUAUAUGAAAUAGUUUCAGGCGAUGAUUCUUCUGCUUGGGAGUUUUAUAGCAUGAACGAACAAAUUUGUGAGCUCGCAUUAAGUAAGUUGGUAGAUAGAGGUAGAGCUACGAUGAUUACCAACGAUGGUAAAGUGGUUGCCGUUAAGGUAGUAUAG